UUUUUGAAUAUUAGUCAGUACAAGACUAGCAAUAAGCCUGUUAGUCAAUACAAGCUCUAUCCAACGAACUAUCAUUUGUCUGCUUGAAAACUUCCUUUUGAAUGGACUUCCGAUUUUCCCAUUUCCGAACACAUCUAGCUGUUCCUAUCCACUUUUUAACUGGGUAAUGGGGGCCACAAACCGAAAUAUUACCCCUUUGAUUUUUAAUUAAAUUUUCUUUUUAAGUAUUUAUAAAUAGAGAAGAAUAUAUAAUUUAAAAGAAAAUGGCGCAGAAAGUUAAUGUUAAUCGUAAUGUGCAAGAUCCCUUCUAUCGCUAUAAAAUGCCACGCCUUUUGGCCAAAGUUGAGGGAAAAGGAAAUGGAAUUAAAACUGUUGUUGCUAAUAUGCCUGAAAUUGCUAAGGCACUCUCUCGCCCUCCAACUUAUCCAACAAAAUAUUUUGGCUGUGAGCUCGGUGCUCAAACAUAUUUUGACUUUAAGAAUGACCGUUACAUUGUUAAUGGGGAACACGAUGCUUCAAAACUUCAAGAAUUAUUGGAUGGGUUUAUUAAAAAAUUUGUUUUGUGCCCAGCAUGUGACAAUCCUGAAACUGUUUUGACAGUCAAAAAACAAGUCAUUUAUGCCAAGUGUAAAGCUUGUGGACAUGGAUAUCAAGUCGAUCCAAAACAAAAAUUGUCUGCUUAUAUUCUUAAAAAUCCUCCAACGAGUGAAGAAAGUAAUGGAGACGGGAAAAAUGCUAAUAAUAAUAAUAACGAUUCUGGCUCUCCUCCAACAGAAGCGGGGGAAGAUGGAAAUUUGGAAGAAGACAAUGGGACGGUUAAUGGAGCUGUUCGUGGAGGGAGUGGGUCGUUGGAUGAGGAGGAUGAUGACGAUUGGGCACCUGAAGUUAUUGAAGCUGAGAAGCUUAGUGGAGAGAUGAGUAAAAUGGUUGUGGACAAAGAUUUGGACAAAUCUAUUGACGAUCGUCUUGAUAUGCUUCUUGCUUAUUUCCAACAGGCUCUAAAUGAUGGAACAAUCCAGGAUGGAAAGAAAAUGUUAAAUGAAGCUGAACGUUUAGAAUUAAAGAAUAAAGCUUCUCUUUUAUUGGCGAAUGUUUUGUUUACGGAAGAUUUGGUUCAACAAAUUAAACAAUAUCGAAAUUUGCUUCUUCGUUUUUGCAUGAAUGAUGCUAAGGCACAGCGCCAUCUUCUUGGAGGUAUUGAACAAAAAGUUUUGGCAAAAAAGGAUGUUUUGCUUCCAAAAACGGCUCAUAUAAUAAAAGCUCUAUAUGACAAUGAUAUUUGUGAUGAAGAAGUUUUGCUUUCUUGGGGGAAAAAGCCAAGUAGCAAAUAUGUCAAAAAAGAUUUUGCAAAAGAAAUGAUUAAAGUAGCCCAGCCAGUGCUAAUUUGGCUUGAAGAGGCUGAGGAAGGCUCUGAAAGUGAUAAUAAUGAUGAAGAUAUUGCUGUAGCUUUUGAUGAUCGUAGUCGUGUUGUUGGGACUGUUGUUGAAAAUAGAAAGGAGGAGGGAACAGCCAAAAAAGGUUUGGAUAAGGAGGAGGAGGGAGAAGGGGAUGUUGACAUUGACAAUAUUUAA